AUGUGUGAUAAAGCAAAUCGAUCUUUGUUACUAAAUAGACAAAGAGGCAGAAAGUAUCGAGUAGUGAAACGCGCGAGACUUGAUGCGGACGGAGAAAUAGUUUUGUCGGAAUCGGAAGAAAAUUGUACACAACACAUCGAUUGUAUGUAUGAAACUUCCCCUGGAGAAGUUUCUGUAGAAGUGCACAACACUUUGGAUGAACAAACGGAAUCAAUCAUUGAUCAGCGUAAUGUGCGUGAUAUUAGGAAUGAACAUUUUUGUGAGUACAAUGCUUAUGAUGAAGAGGAAAAUAUUGUUUCACCUCCUGUAGCAGAAGAACUGAGGCAGUGGGUUGUAGAAUGUAAGAUUCAGCACUCCAAAGUUGAUCUGCUGCUGAAGCGUUUAAAAAAGUUUCAUCCAGAGCUGCCAGAAUCAACAAAAACUUUAUUAAAUAGAAGAUAUGAUGUGAAAAUCAGAACAAAAAAGUCAAAUUCAGAGGAUGAACACAACCCAUCAGAGUUUGUUUAUAUUGGACUUGAGUCACAGUCACAAAAAGUUGUUAAAUUAAAUUUGCAUCCUGAAAAUGUUAUAUACUUGCAAUCUCAAGUGGAUGAUUCUCAAAUGAACGAAGAUACAAGUAAUGACGCAGCAAAUUCUCGUUCUAUAUUCGGAAUGCAGUUUGAUUCUCAGUCUGAAAUUCAACCGGAUGAUGAUGAAAUUAAUCAAAGGAAACAUGAAAUUUCCAGAAAUACUUCUACGCAGACUGAUUUUACAGACAUCAAGCCAUCUACUGCUCCUUUGACGAAAAACGAUUUAGAAAAUGCCUUGAAAAAAUAUUUUUCAGAAAUAAAACGAUGCGUAAAUGAUAAAAUGACAUCAGAAAUUGAAUUGAUGGAAAACAAAGUGGGAGAAGUAAAAUUAUUGACGACUGAAAAAAAUCCAUUUUGUACAAUAGAAAAUCUUGUAACAUUAAAUCACUUUAUUAAUAAGUAUAACCAUUAUGAGUUUCCUAUAAGGACUAGAGAAGAGUUUGAUCUAUUCUUGACAGAAGUUGGCAGUGAUAGCAGCACGUUAAAAGUGGAUUUAAAAAAAUGUCUUUAUUCAACAAUUAAUUUUAGUAUCGAGUUAAGCGAAAAUUUAACUAAAGUUGUAAAAAAAUUAAUUUCAAAAGAUAUUCUUAAAGACUACACUCCACAAAGACUUAAGCCUGGAAAAUUGGUUUUCAAGGAAACUAAAUUAUACUCUGUACUUGAAGAUUCACUCCUUGAAAUUUACAACACAAAUUUGCCCAAAGACAAAAGAAUUGAUGAAAAAUUAAUACUAAGUGCACUUGGUGUUGUAUUCAACAAUGCCAAAGAUUGGCAAGGAGGACGAGCAGCUAGAUUUAAGAAAGAAGAUACAAAAGAUGAGAAACAGUAAAUUUCGUUUCGGUAAAGUUCAAUAAUAACAGAUUAUUUAUUACAUCAUUCUUAAACUUUUAACAAGAAAA